CCCUCUAAAAGUUAUUCUUUGAAAAACAUGGCGACUUACAUGGCAAGAGCAGAUCGUUCAGAACGCUAUGAAAAAAUUAAAUUUCUUGGAGAAGGGCAGUUUGCUACAGUAUACAAAGCCAAAGAUGUGGAAACUGAUAAUAUAGUUGCUGUUAAAAAGAUUAAACUGGGUCAUAGAACAGAGGCAAAGGAUGGAGUGAACAGGACAGCAUUAAGAGAAAUUAAACUUUUACAAGAACUCCAUCAUGAAAAUAUCAUUGGUCUACUGGAUGUAUUUGGACACAAGUCAAACAUUAGCUUAGUAUUUGACUUCAUGGAUAUGGAUUUAGAGGUAAGAAUGCAAUGGACACAAUUUAGCAGCUCCAAACAUGUAGUUGUGAUAUUCAGUGCCAACUCUUAUGAGUAUGAUAAAAUCGAAAAUUUUAUUUUGUCCUAAUUUACAUAUUUCCUAUUAUUCAUUUUUCAGGACAUGAAACCAAAUAAUUUACUAGUAAAUGAUGCUGGGGUGCUCAAGUUAGCAGAUUUUGGACUUGCAAAAUUUUUUGGUAGUCCAAAUCGAAUUUAUACACAUCAGGUUGUUACCAGAUGGUACCGGUGCCCAGAGCUUUUGUUUGGUGCCAGGAUAUACGGCACUGGUGUCGACAUCUGGUCCGCUGGUUGUAUCUUAGCUGAGCUUCUUUUAAGAGUGCCCUUCCUAGCAGGGGAAACAGACAUUGAUCAACUUAGCAAAAUAUUUGAAGCUCUAGGUACUCCGACUGAAGAAGAUUGGCCUGGGAUGUCAUUAUUGCCGGACUUCAUCACAUUCAAAUCAUUUCCAGGCACUCUGCUGAAAGAUAUAUUCACAGCAGCUGAUGAUGAUCUACUAGACUUACUUCAUCAGUUACUUAAGCUUGACCCAACACAAAGAUGCACUGCCGCUGAGGCCUUACAAAUGGCGUUCUUCAGCAAUGAACCUGGCCCAACACCCGGCAAUAGGCUGCCUAGGCCUGGCCAGCCAAUAGCAGUCAUUAAGGAGGAAGAAACCAGAAGAGCAUCACUUAAAAGAAAAAUCAUAGAUGAAGCAGGUUCGUCUGGGAAUCUAGUCAAGAAGCUGGUCUUCUGAAAGUGACCUGUCAAAGGUUAGUUAAAAUAUUUCAUAGGUCAGGAUGUUGGAUCUACCUGUAAUGUUAUUCAGGUGAAAUGACCAUCUGACCAGGUGGUGUUCCCAUGCAAAGUUUGAGGAAUACACUAAAUGUACUAUCAAUGAGGAUGAAUACAGUUAGCAAAUAUGGAAUUAAUUGAAUGGGAUGUAAUCUUUGCCUGAAUAUUGCAUGAGUCACAUGUGGUCAGCCAUCAUGCUAAUGACAUUUCUUUAGAAAGAAAUCUUCCAUUAACAAUAAUGGUAUUAAAGGGUGUUGGCUACAGCAGUUGGAGAGUUUGCCGUUCGAUGUUUAACAUUUUAGAUCAUUGUUAACAAAUUCAACGUUUUGAAUCAUCAAUAACAAAUUUGAUCAUCAUUAAUUGUGGAACACAACAAGUGCAUUUAGGAAGUCGAGUUGGAAAAGAAUAUGAUAUUUGAUUUUGCGCGAUUGCCAUAUUUAAAGGUGCCAUUACAGAAUCAUAUUUGAAAUCGCCACAUGCUAUAUUUUGAUCACAGUUUAGUGUGUAGCAUGGGAGUUGGAAAAUCAUGUUGUACCAUAUUUUAAGGCAGCAUUGCAACUGGUUGUUGAACAUGCCAUAUGCUACAUUUUAAAGAUCCGCCGCAGCAUUACAGUAGAAAUAAUACUUGCAGCAUUGUGAAAGCAGCAUUGGUAGUUGGAACAUAUCAUGCCAAAUGAAAGAAGCACCCAAAACUGCCACGUGAUGUCAGAGAGGGUACAUGCCACAUGCCACAAUUAAAAAAAAAAACUGCUCCAGCGUAAUAGUGGAACAUGGCUUGCCACAUUUCACUUUCGACGUGAUUUUGGAGAUGAAGCAUGCUACAAGUAUAGUCCCAUGACUGUUAAUUCAUAUCGGAUAUUGCAUUUCUCUGAACUCUUUGUCCUUGACUUUAACUCUGUUCAUUAUAAUCAAUAAAUCUACAUCUACCCUGUAAUAGUAAUCAGUGGGAAAACAUAAAAUCUAUCAAGAAAAAUGUUUUGAGAUGUGAUGCUAGUAGAAGAUGAAAAGAGUAAAAUUAGCGAGAUGGGAAAAAGAAAUUAGUGUUUCUUCAAACGGGCUGAUGAAAGAAGAGCAUUACUAAAUAUUAUUUAAAUAGCCAAAAAAAAACAUUAGGCCAUAUAAUAGUGGUCAGAGAGUCUACUACUAGACAAAAUGGGGGAAAUGAUAGACAAGUGGCAUAUGGAAACAUUUCUUUUAUUAUUUUUUUAUGGUUUCAUCUAGAAUGAGGGUGCUAUUUAUGCUGCAUAUAAUGUUGUCAAUAAAUUAGGAUUUUUUUUUUACAGGAAUUCAUUUUUUAUGUAAUAUAAAUAAAUCAUACCAACAAAA